GAGCUCAGUCCCGCCCGCCCGCCGCCAGUCUGGGUCCAGCAUCUCUGCUAGCAACUUGGAAGGAGAAGAGAGCCUAGACCCUUGUGCACAGCUUGUGGUUGGCAGCAUACUCUGGACGCUGCAAGCCCGACCUAGGGCACCUCUGCUCCUCCCAGGGAUGCUUUGGGAGUGAGUCCUUUCCUUUCCCCCAAAGCCCCAAUUCCCCCUACCCCAAGGCUCCAGACUCAGGCCACAGUUCUUCCAGCCCUCUAACCACUGCCCCAUAAAGGGAGAGGUCUUCCCUGCGGGGAGACUUCCUGGAGGGAGUGACAGACAGUCCAGUCCAGCGCUGAGGACCAUGCUCACAACGCCAAGCAUCGGAGAUAAGAGAGAUCAAGGCCCAGAGGCGUGUGGGCUCAGUCCAACUGCAGGCAGAGCUAAAGAUGGGGUGCCCCUCAUGCGAGACAGAAACUGGAAGGCCUGGGCUGCUUCUGCCCAGCUGGGACCUGACUCUCAUAUAACUCUGCAGGACACCAUGCGGCUCCUGAAUCCCAGGUCCACUUCUGUCCUCAAAGAUCCCGUUCUGCUGCUACCUCUGCUGUUACUGCUGGCACCCACUGCUGCCUCUGAUCUGCUCAUCACACCCCCAGGACCAGAACUUGUCUUCAAUUUCUCCAGCACCAUUGACCUGACCUGCUUAGGAUCUGCUCCAGUGGUGUGGGAACGGGUGUUCCAACUGCCACAGCAGAAAACAGCCAAGAUGCAGAAUGAUACCUUCUCCAGCAGGCUGGUGCUUGCCAAUGUCACCGGGCUGGACACGGGAGAAUACUUCUGUGUUUCCAAGUUUACUCGUAAACGGCUUUAUAUCUUUGUGCCAGAUCCUUCCAUGGUCUUCCUCCCUGCCACUGCAGAGGAGCUUUUUGUCUUUCGCACGGAAAUAACGGAGAACACCACCAUUCCAUGCCAUGUCACAGACCCCGAGCUGGUGGUGACACUGCAUGAAAAGAAAGAGGAUGUGCCGCUGCCUGUUCCCUAUGACCACCAACGUGGCUUCACCGGCAGCUUUGAGGAUAAGACCUACAUCUGCAAAACUACCAUUGAUGACAAGGAGGUGGACUCUGAACCCUACUAUGUCUACAGCAUCCAGGUCUCAUCCAUCAAUGUGUCUGUGAAUGCGGUGCAGACCGUGGUCCGCCAGGGCGAGAACAUCACCAUCAUGUGCAUUGUGACAGGGAAUGAGGUGGUCAACUUUGAGUGGACGUACCCCCGCCUAGAGAGUGGGCAGGUGGUGGAGCCAGUGACCGACUUCCUCUUCAACACACCCUCUCAUAUCCGCUCCAUCCUGACCAUCCCCAAUGCUGAGCUGGGAGAUUCUGGGAUCUACGUCUGCAAUGUGUCAGAGAGUGUGAACGACCACCAAGACGAAAAGGACAUCAAUAUAACUGUGGUGGAGAGUGGCUUCGUGAGACUGCUGCAGGAGCCGGAUGCUGUAGAGUUCGCUGACUUGCAUCGCAGCCGGACACUGCAGGUGCUGUUUGAGUCCUACCCACCGCCCACCAUCGUGUGGUUCAAGGAUAAUCGCACCCUAAGUGAUUCUGGCACCGGCGAGUUUGCCCUGUCCUUACACAACGUUUCUGAGACCCGCUACAUGUCAGAACUGACCCUAGUACGGGUGAAGGUGGAAGAGGCUGGCCACUAUACUAUGCGGGCCUUCCAUGAGGAUGCAGAGGCUCAGCUCUCCUUCCGGCUGCAGGUGAAUGUGCCUGUCCGUGUGCUGGAGCUGAGUGAGAGUCACCCUGCCAGUGGGGAGCAGACGGUCCAGUGCCGUGGCCAGGGCAUGCCCCAGCCUCACCUUACCUGGUCUACCUGCAGUGACCUUAAAAGGUGCCCGCGCGAGAUGCCGACCAGAAAACUGGCGAACCUUUCUGAAAUAGAGACAAAUGUCACCUACAAGGAGGAGGAGAAGGUGUUCGAGGUGGUGAGCACGCUACGCCUGGCACGCAUUGACCAGCCGCUUUCUGUGCGCUGCACGUUGGACAAUCAGCUGACCCAAGACAUGCAGGAGGUCAUCGUGGUGCCACAUUCCCUGCCCUUCACAGUGGUGGUGAUCUCAGCCAUCCUGGCCUUGGUGGUCCUCACGGUCAUCUCCCUUAUUAUUCUCAUCAUGCUCUGGCAGAAGAAGCCACGCUAUGAGAUCCGCUGGAAGGUGAUAGAGUCUGUGAGCUCUGAUGGCCACGAGUACAUCUAUGUGGACCCUAUGCAGCUGCCCUAUGACUCAACCUGGGAGCUACCAAGGAACCAGCUUGUGCUGGGACGCACCCUGGGCUCUGGUGCCUUUGGACAGGUCGUGGAGGCCACAGCCCAUGGUCUGAGCCACUCACAGGCCACCAUGAAAGUGGCUGUGAAGAUGCUGAAAUCCACAGCGCGCAGCAGUGAGAAGCAAGCACUCAUGUCGGAACUGAAGAUCAUGAGUCACUUGGGGCCGCACCUGAACGUGGUCAACCUGCUGGGCGCAUGCACCAAAGGAGGACCCAUCUACAUCAUCACUGAGUAUUGCCGCUACGGAGACCUGGUAGACUAUCUGCACCGGAACAAGCACACCUUCCUGCAGCUCCACUCUGACAAGCGCCCACCGCUUAGCUCAGAGCUCUACAGCAACACCCUGCCCAGCCCCCUGUCCCUGUCCGUGGAGAGUGAUGGUGGCUACAUGGACAUGAGCAAGGAUGAAUCGGUGGACUAUGUGCCAAUGCUAGACCUGAAAGGGGAUGUCAGAUAUGCUGACAUUGAUUCUUCCACCUACCUGGCGCCUUAUGACAACUACGUCCCCUCUGCUCCAGAGAGGACCUAUCGGGCCACUCUCAUCAACGAAUCUCCUGUGCUCAGCUACACAGACCUUGUGGGCUUCAGCUACCAAGUGGCCAAUGGCAUGGAGUUCCUUGCAGCAAAGAAUUGUGUCCACCGAGACUUGGCAGCGAGGAAUGUUCUUAUCUGUGAGGGCAAGCUGGUCAAGAUCUGCGACUUUGGCCUGGCCCGAGACAUCAUGCGAGACUCCAAUUACAUCUCCAAAGGCAGCACCUUCCUACCUCUGAAGUGGAUGGCACCUGAGAGCAUCUUCAACAGCCUCUACACCACCUUGAGUGACGUGUGGUCCUUCGGGGUUCUGCUCUGGGAGAUCUUCACAUUGGGUGGCACUCCAUAUCCGGAACUGCCCAUGAAUGAACAGUUCUACAAUGCCAUCAAGCGGGGCUACCGCAUGGCUCAGCCUGCCCAUGCCUCUGAUGAGAUCUAUGAGAUCAUGCAGAAGUGCUGGGAAGAGAAGUUUGAGAUACGGCCCCCCUUCUCUCAGCUGGUACUCCUGCUUGAAAGGCUGCUGGGUGAGGGCUACAAGAAGAAGUACCAGCAGGUGGAUGAGGAGUUCCUGAGGAGCGACCACCCAGCCAUACUUCGCUCCCAAGCUCGUUUGCCUGUUUUUCCCGGACUUCGAUCCCCACUGGACACCAGUUCUGUGCUGUACACUGCGGUGCAGCCCAACGAGGGUGACAACAACUAUAUCAUCCCGCUGCCUGACCCUAAGCCUGAUGUUGCUGAGGAGGGGCCCCCGGAGGGCUCCCCCAGCCUUGCCAGCUCUACCCUGAAUGAAGUCAACACAUCCUCGACCAUCUCCUGUGACAGCCCUCUAGAUCCCCAAGAGGAACCGGAGCUGGAGCCCCAGCAACAUGGAGAGCCUGAGUCACAGCCAGAGCAGCACUUGGAGGCCAGCUGCCCAGCACAGCAGGCUGAGGUGGAAGACAGCUUCCUGUAGCGGCUGGUCCCCACCCUACCCUCCCUCAACUCCCCCUCUACCUUCCAGCUACUCUUGGCCUGGCCUGGCCUCAAAGUCCUAGCUUUCCAUCAGCUCUCCCCCUCCUGGGAAACCUCAAUCAUAUCACAGCCAAACUCCUGGAGCUGACAUUGGAGAUGACAGAGCUGCCGGGGCCAUCAACAGUCUUCUGUUGCUGAAGAGGCUAUGUGAUUCUAAGCCAGGUUUCUCCCAGGACUGUUCUUCCAUAUGUAAGAUGGGAACAUUGAGGUUCCUGACAGAUUUAAAUCCUUGGGAAGAUGGUACAGGAGCUUUCAUCUGCUCAUCCUCGAUCCCUCAGAGGAUUGCAGUUCUUCUUCACACUUUCAUCCACCCAGGAGCUGGGAAGGCACCCCGGCCUUCCCAGUGAAGCUGGGGUCUGACAAUUCUAUCAUGCUCAGAAGCCACUUGCCCUGGAUUUCAGUCUCUUCUUUCUCAGGCCCAGGCUGGUCUGGGCCCUCCUUGUUUAACUCUGCAGGUAACUAAGCAAGCACAGAACUUACUUCAGGCCCCGGCCAAAAGUGCUUGGGCCUCACCUUGCCUUAAAAGUGCCCGUGAUCUUAUUUUCUUGGCUCUGGAGUUCCAGGCCAUUCUCAUCACUGCCAGUCUUACACCACCACUAGGGGCUGCAGGAUCAGUGAUACACAUUGCAAGAGGUGGUCACAGUGUGGAUCAAUAUGCACAAUGGACCCUCUGAGAGAAUCUCUCUCAUUCUAGGCCUUUUUUGUUGUUGCAAAAUGAGCAAGGUGAGCUCACUGACUUAAGUUAGAGCUCUGCAGUCCUAACAUUCUAGAAUGUUCCAAGACAUGUCCAUUUGCUCAGAUGACCAAACAGCCCAAACUUUGUUCUGGGGGAUCAGCUGGAGUCUGGAAAGAUGCCACGCCAUAAGUCACACUCUAGAGAUUUGAGAACUAUGCCACUUUCCCAGGCUCUGCAAAAGUCCCAGAACACCAGCUGCCUGGACCUUGACUUGAGGUGAUAACCGGUGUCCUAGAAAGCCCCUACAGCUGCCCUAGGUCAUGGGAAACACUGACCUCUUCAUCACUCACUAUGACCUCUCAAGCAUUCUUGGGCCAAGUAAAUGGUGUGUGAUGAGCAGAGCAGCUGGCCACACUCUCUGUCGGAUCUGGACUACAGACACCUCAGACAGUGUAGGUCCUCAAGGAUCUCUUAAAAGGACAUGAAGCUGUGGAUGGGAAACCAGAGGAAGGGAUACUAGACUUGAAUCCUGAGUGCCUGUGAGGCAGUAUUCAUAAGUGUCACUUCCUCUCUGGCCAGGCCUGUUCACCUGAGUCUUAGCUGGCC